GUAUAGUUUUACACUCAAUGGAUAGGCAAAGGUUGCUCAGAGGAAUAAAACUAAAAAAGAUACUGGAUUGGGCCAAAAAUAAAAUUUUUUUACCCCAUUCCCUUCAAAAUAUAGAAAAAUACCCUAAGAAUGUACUAUAAUAUUUCAUAUAAUUAUUACUACUUUCUUGCCCAAGGACAUGAAAACAAUAAUUAUCUAUACCCAACGAAACUAUCAGUUGAAGUUGCCACUUGAGAUUUUGUUCAGUGCAUAAUAAUAUAGGCAAAAAUGAAUUCACCUCGGUUUUGGGAGCCAUUCGUUUCGUUCAACUCGAUCGAUACAAUAUGGGAAAAUCAGCCCACGUACUUUGUCGUACAAAUAUUGUUCUUUGUCGGAGCAAUAGUUUCUCUCACACAUGCGUUUAUUCACAAAGGAAGGCGACCAAUACUUUGGGUUUGCAUUCUAUGUCACGGUUUGGUCAUCGAAUGCGUAUCGUACGGUGUACCGGAAAUCGACAACUUUUGGCACAGCCAAGCGCCGAUAAUGUUCUUAAACCAAAGAUUACCCGUUCAUAUUAUAUUAGUGUAUCCAGUUUUUUAUUACACAGCGAUAGCGAUUGCUUGUAGGAGAAACACAACGAAAAUAGGACUCAUGUUGUCGGUAGGGCUUAAUGUGUUGGCAAUAGAUUUGCCAUACGAUAUUAUGGGCAUUAAAUUUAUUCAUUGGACUUGGCACGACACCGACCCCAACAUACGUGAUCGUACGUUUUGGGUGCCGUGGACCUCUUAUUACUUUCAUUUGACGUUUUCGGCUUCUUUCGUGUUUUGGUUUUUCAACAAAGAAGCCGACCUGGACGAACCCACAACAAUUACAAAAGAAACUAAAACGUUUUUGAAAUCGACAUUCUUAAGUUUUCCAAGCGGAGUUCUAUGUUUUUCCGUAUUAUAUCAUCCUCUACACGAUAGUUUUCAUGUGUCUAGUCAAUCCAUAGUGUUACUUCUGUUAGCAUUGUACGGUAUAACGAUAAAAAUUACAGACAGUUUCAAGUAUGGAAAAAAACCAAAGAAAAAUGAUAAAUUACUAAUAAUCCAUGUAUACUUAAUAAUAUAUUACACUAUAUUUCUGCUUCUGGCGCUCGUGGGAAAACCAGAGGAUGAAAUUUCAAAUGGAAUACACGAAGAAAUCGGACCUUGCAAUAUUACCGUUGCAGCUUAUGGAACCGAUAUGACAAAACGCAAAUAUUUAUGCAUUCAAGAUUACAAUGAGGAUUUUGAUUUCCACUGCGUUAAAGAAAUUCCUGCAUUCAGUAAAAUAUAUACAAUAUGCGGUACAGCCUUUGAAAAUCGUGCGGAAUAUGUUAUCAUCAUAAGUACAGUAACAAUGGUGGCUUUUAUACAAUUUUAUAAACCUCCAAUAAUAAAUAAAAUUACAAAAAAACUCCUAUGACAUUGUCAUUAAUUUGAUAGUUAUUAAAUUUUCAAAAAAUGUACUUUAGUCUUACUCGUUUAUUAAAAAAUUACUUGUAUACCACCAAGAUAGUAGAAAAAAACUGGACAAAAAAAAAAAAAAAAAAACAUGAAA